AUGUCCGACCUCACCCCCGCCCAAUCCCGCCUCGCCGCCCUAAACAGGCUCAAAGCCAAACAAAAACUCGCCUCUGCCCCCUCCCCCGCGUCCGCCCCCGGGCAAGGGGUGCAGUAUGUCAACAAGCGCCAACCGGCCAAUGUACCGACAUCGGCGAGAAACAUGGUCGAGCAUCAAGCCCAAGCUGGGGAUAACCAUGGGGAGAAGGGGAAUGGAAAGGGGGAAGAGAUGCCGAUGAGGAGGGAUCCAGGAUUGGGCAAAUACUUUGAAUACGAUCUAUCAAAGAUGAAGAAUUCCCGAGGCGGAUUCUUGACGGAAGAAGACGUCACCGGCGACCGUAUCAAAUCCCUCAAAGAGCUCGCCGCCGAAAAAGAACGUGAACUACGCCAAAUCCGCGAGGGCGAAGAGCCCGCUAUUGUACCAGGGAGGUCACCAACGUGCGCGGAUUGCGGGUCUUUGGAGAUUGAUCAUGUUUUCGAAAAGACGUUUGGGGUGAGGGUGUGUCGGAAGUGUCAGAAGGAGAAGCCGGAAAAGUAUUCGCUUUUGACAAAGACAGAGUGUAAAGAGGACUACCUCCUAACAGACCCCGAGCUCCGAGACGAAGACCUCAUCCCCCACCUCCUCCGCCCCAAUCCCUACGCCUCAAAUUACAGCAACAUGAUGCUCUUCAUGCGCGCCCAAGUCGAAAAGGUCGCAUACGAAAAAUGGGGUGGGGAUGAGGGGCUGGAUGAAGAGUGGGAGAGGAGGGAAGAGUUUAAGAAGCGGAAGAGGGAGGAAAAGUUUGAAGCUGGUCUGAGAGAUCUACGGAAACGUACACGAAAUAAUCUCUACCAACGCAAACAAGACGCGCAGCACGUACACGAAUACGAAGACGUCGAACAGGUCUAUGACGAGGAAGAAGGCUCGACAAAGGUUGUUCAGAGGUGUUUCGGGUGCGGCGCGGAGCAGGAGAUGGAGGUGCUGUGA